AGAUUGGGCCCUCCCUGUUUGGAAGACUAUAAGCACGAGCUCGAUUCACAUAUCACGAAAUACCAAUUAUAAAAUAAAUGCACCGCUAUUCUACUUGCCAUAAGGAGUUUACUAGUCUAAGUAACUGCGCAAUCAUGCGGACCUUCGUUUUGUUGGCAAUUAUUUUGGUCGUGUGCUACGCCGAGGAAUGCAGGGACGUUGGUGGCUGCCAUCACGUGACAUGUGCAUCUGGAUGGCACAUUGCGUGUCGAGAGCGUGAAUGCACGUGCCUUGCUGGCGCUCCCGGUGGUUCAGCCACCACCUGCACCGCGGCUUCCGACUGCACGUGUGACAGGGAUACGCCCCACUGUGUGGACGGGCGCUGCACGUGUGGUUUCCCCGGAGGCAGAAAAUAAACGUGUAGCUGCUAGACUUGCAAAUGUAUUGACUUGUUUAUUAUGAACUAUUAAUUAAAUUUUCCCUUUGAUA